AUGGCCAACGAAGACCCGAGUCUUAGGAGCAGCUCAGGCUCACGAUCAUCGGCUGCUCGCUCUUCAGCGCGUCAGUCGUCGCAGCCGCAGCAACUGUCGACUAUCGAAAAGAGCGUUACACACCUGCUCGUCGCUACCAAGCAGCUCCUUGAAACCUUGACCCAGUGGUCUCGCAAUGCUGCCAGUGAGAGUGAGGUCUCGGAUGUCUAUGUUCGCCUGGGCUAUGAGUUCAACAUUGCCUGUCGCGCCUUCAACGGCAUAGGUGUCGAUACUCAGGACCUUGGCCCUGUGCCCGACCUUCUGCGCGCCAUUCUCGAGGAGACUCUCAGCCAGGAAGCCAGUCAACAGAGCCUCGACCGUUUUCUCCCACGCAUCCGCGAUAUCAUCAUCAACCUACUGCAUGGCCUUAAGAAGAAGCAGCAGCGUUUGCGACAGCGUACCAGCAGUGGCAGCCAGAGCUCUAGGCAGGCCAGCGCUGCAGAGUCGGCUGCUGACGACCUCCUCGCUCGCCAGUCUGCCAGUCGAACCCAGUCGCAACGAGUUGCCAACGAGCCUGCUGGCCAUGACCUCCCUCCACGCUCGGCCUCUAUACAGGGAGGUAGGUCGUCACCAAGGAAAGAAUCCUUUACUCCUGCUGUCUCGACACAUCACGCCCGCGAUCAAAGCCGCGAUACUUCAAACUCCGACACAUCAUCCAUGUCCAGCAAUGCCAUGCAAAAUAUCCCCCAAGAGUCUCCGCGACCACCUUAUACCGAACACAACCUGCCUCUGCCGCCUCCACCUCCGCCACCGAAACAACAAGAUGCACUGGCUGCUUUGCAACGCGGUGGAGAGCUGGAGAGGAGAGCCUCGAGACGUUUCUCCGCUUACCAAAUCUCCAAACAUUUGGGGUCUAGCAAUGGCGUGCCAAUGAUACCGUCGGCUCAGAACAGCCCAAUACCCAAUCGAGGUCAAGACACGCGCGAAUCCAUGAAAGCCGUUCGCACGCGAAGCUAUCUUCACAACAGGCAGAAAUCGUCACAAAAGACUGCACAGGACUCACCCAGCAGGAGGGAGCGACCAGAAGAGCCAAGGGCCACAGAGUCAAUAGACACAGAUGUGGCAGAGUUACCAUCGACCGCGGGUCUGGAGAGUGCUAGUCCCAUGCCCAAGACACCCGAGGAUAAACUUGGAGGAGCUUACCCAUUCCCGACGCAACCAACAUCGGACGAGAUUGAUUUGGGCGCCACUGUCAAUGGGCCGAUCCCCGACACCAUCGUUGAAUCGACCUUCGAGGAAACAGCAGGAGGAGAAUUGCAGCGCCGCAAGUCUAGAAUACAACGGCAAACCACCCCUCCUCCAUCUACUGAAAAGGCUUCUUCUCAGCAACAGUUUGUACCCGAGUCCUCGCCACAACCUGGCAAGGAGUUGACUCUUUUCCUUCAGUACAAGAGCAAGAUCAAAAAGUUUGUUCUGCCUGAUGGUGGUGACUUGUCUAUAGCCAGGCUUCAGCUUGCUUUUAUUGAGAAGUUUGCUUGGAACACACACAAUAACGGCAACGACCUUCCCGAAAUCUACUUGCAAGACCCCGUAUCAGGAGUACGUCAUGAGUUGGAAGAUCUGGCUGAUAUCAAGGAUCGUGCUGUACUUGUUUUGAACGUGGAACAGCUCGACGAAGUCAAGAAGCACUUUGACGAUAGCAUCGGAGGUAUCAAGAGUAUGAUCGAAAGCUUGAAAGCUGCUGUGGACGAUCAGCAAUCUGCCAUCCAUCGCGUUUCUGAGAGACAACAAGAGGCCGCAAAGGAGAUGGCUACGAUAGUGGCAGCGCCCCCACGCGCUCAGACACCUAACGCAACUCCGCCACCGCUCCAGACUGCAUCAUCCAAAGGCACACCCGCUCAGCUUACUGAAGUUCAAUCUCUCCGUCGCGAACUUGCUGUUGUUCGUCAAACAUACACGUCAUUUGUCGACGACAUCAACUCUUCCAUGUCCUCUAUUCGAACUAAAGCUGCUACAGUAAAGUCUGCUGCGAACAAGGCGCGUGUUCCUUCCAUGUCUGCUGGUUCUGGUCGAUCAUACGUCAAUGGUGGCAAGAAAUCGCUUUCAGAUGACAGCGAGAAGCUUGUCACCCAAGUGGAUGAUUUGCAAGACACUGUGGAGGAUCUUCGCAAAGACGUCGUGCAACGCGGAGUUCGACCACUACCGCGUCAACUCGAUGCCGUCAGCAAAGACAUCUCCACCGCAACAUCAGGCCUCAAGAAACUGCAAGAGUUCCUCAAACGUGAGAAACCCAUCUGGACCAAGAUCUGGGAGAAAGAGUUGCAAGUCGUCUGUGAGGAUAGAGAUUUGCUCACCAUGCAGGAAGAGCUUUGCAUCGACUUGGAAGAUGACCUCGAGAAGGCGGCUGAAACAUUCGCACUUGUCGAGCAAGCUACAAGACAACAGAAUCUGCAAAACACACCUCGCUCUUCUUCUCGCACACUGAACCCUGUUGCCCUCGACCGUGGUGGCGACCCCGAGAAAGCUCGUACAGGCGUUCUGGGCGAAGUACGCGCACUCCAACCGAACCACGAAUCUCGUCUCGAAGCCAUCGAGCGCGCUGAAAAGGCACGUCAACGAGAACUGGAAGAACGUCGUGACGGCGAGUUCCAAAAGGAGCUCAGCAGUUUCGUUGAGGAAGGGAAACUCAAGAAGAGCGGUGGUGUGGAAGAGGCGGAGCGCUUGCGCAAACUCAAAGACGAAAGGAGUAGAAAGGAGAACUAUGAGCUGCUCCAGCAGAGGGAGAGAGACAGAGCUGCCAAGAGAGCUGCCGAUGCUGCUGCAAAGGCAGCCGCGGCCGCUGCUGAGACUGCUGCUGCCGAGCCCGAAGCUGCCGCCGACGCCACGCAGAAUGCUGCAGAGCCCAACACGGAAAGCAAUAAGACGUUAGCAGAGAAGAGUACUGAAGAACCAUCUGCGGCUGUUGAGGAUGACAAAACAGACCCAACACCCUCUGUGCCCGCAGACGAGAACACGAAACCGGAUGCUCCAAGCUCCUUAGAACCACCAACUGCAGACGGAGCUGUGGACUUUGACGAACCAAGCCCAGCCGUUGAGUUUGUCGAUGCUCGGGAGAUCCCACCCACGCCUGCAGCAGAAUAG